UUGGGGCAUGAUGCAAUGGGCCGGGUCACGCAUACGAAUAAAAGGACUCAGCAGAAGAAAUUAGAGAAAAGAAAAAGGAAAACCGCGAAGCGUCUGGACUCUCUGGAAUGUGCUUGUCGUGAACAAGGAGGCAAAUCCAAAUCGAAGAUCAAAUCGGAAACCCUAAACACGAUGGAGAGAAGAGGAUCCCGAUCCAACGGAAUGUUGCCGCUGCUCGCACUCCACGCCGCCAGCGAGUAUUACAGGCUCGACAGGAAGCCUCCCGUCACCGCCGCACUCAUUGCCGCCAAUUCUCUCGUCUACUUACGCCCCGCCUUCCUCGAACCCAUUCUCCCUUCCAUUCACGACGUCUGGUUCAACCCUCACCUCAUCCUCAAGAAUAAGGACUUGAAGCGGUUCUUGCUGUCACCGUUUUACCAUGUGGGAGAGUCUCAUCUGGUUUACAACAUGCUCUCGCUUUUAUGGAAGGGAAUCAAGUUGGAGUCCUCCAUGGAUAGUGCUGAGUUUGCAUCCAUGGUUGCUGUGCUACUCGGUAUGUCCCAAGGGAUCACACUGCUGCUUUCGAAAGCGCUGCUGGUUUUGUUUGACUAUGAGAAGGCUUAUUAUUCCGAAUACGCUGUUGGGUUUUCUGGGGUGAUAUUUGCAAUGAAGGUGGUUCUCAAUUCGCAGUCCGGAAACUAUAGUUAUGUUCAUGGAAUUCCGAUGCCGUCGCGUUAUGCUGCUUGGGCCGAGUUGGUUCUUAUCCAGAUGUUGGUGCCUGGUGUGUCUUUCAUUGGUCAUUUGGGUGGGAUGCUUGCCGGGUUUCUGUAUCUCCGAUUGAGGAGUGCAUAUUCGGGCUCAGACCCACUUACUUUAGUUCUCAGAGGUGUUACUAAUGUACUAGAAUUGCCUAUGCGGUUUUUAAGAAGAGUGCUUCCAUUCAGACGGAGGCAGGUAUCUGGUAGAGGGCCGGUUGGUGGGAGUCGUAGAGGAAUAGCUUUGGCGGAUUGGAGGUGCAGUGCUUGUACAUAUGAAAACUCUGGUUGGUUGGAUGCAUGUGAAAUGUGUGGCACAAAUAGGAAUGACAAUGGCAAUCGCAAUCCCAUGGCGUCGCAUCCUUUGCCACAAUAUUCGCGUGACCUUACUUUGGAAGAAUUAAGGCAGCUAAGGUUGGAAAGAUUUGGUAGAUGAUAGGGUCUUGACUCUGGAGCGUUGCCUCAAGUAGUCAACCCUAGCAGAGGGUGAAUAAAAUUACAGUCAUCAUAGGGUCUGUCAUCACUGUUGUUAUGCUGUUUGUAUCAAGUCAUUCAGUUGGAAAUCUGAACAAUCAAGUCAUUGUCUUGGACUUAUUAGUGUAGCCUACUUGUGUUUGUUCAAUUAUUAUGGUGAACUUUCAUUCUUUUAAUUGUUGAUCACUCGGGAGUCAGAAUAGUUAUGGUCGCAUGGAAUGGCCUUGUAGCUCUGUCUUGGGUAACAUAAUUUCUGCAAAGACAAGAAGUUCCUGUGUAGCAAAACAAGGCUGAAGUCUCACCAAAGCAACAUCAUCGAACACUUGUACAGUCGAGAUUUGGUCAGAAGUUGUAAAACCAGCCAACUUAACAGCAUCAGUUGUCGAAAGAGUUUUCAGCUCUUGAAUUAGAACAGGAAAAUUAUGGUUUCUCUGCUGAAAUUAAAGUGAUGGAUUUGGCAUGAUUUGUACGUCCUUGAGCAAUUAUUAUGAAACAAAUUACUUGUGUUUGUAA